AUGUCCUUCAAUUUCGGGCCACCCUCGUCCACCGGCGGAGGAAGUGGUCAGUCAAUAUUUGGGACAACGAAUAAACCUGCAUCAGGAGGCAGUCUGUUCGGAAAUACUGGUACAUCUGGCGCGUCAGGCUCAAAUAACCCUUCAUUCAGCUUUGGAGCCCCGAGCAAUCAGACAACAUCCAACCCGCCUUCACAGUCCUUGUUUGGAGCCCCAACCCCGACUGAGAACAAAUCUAGCACGCCGAGCCUCUUUGGACAGAGCAGCAGUGCUGGAAGUGCAGGAGCCUCUGGUGGUCUGUUUGGUGCGAAGAAGCCUGAGGACAACCAGAGCAGUGCCAGUGGUGGUUCAAAGUCCCUCUUCUCAGGAUUUGGCACACCAGACAAAGGACCGACACCAUCGACAACAUCGGCAGCGCCUCUGUUUGGCUCUACUACACCUGCGACGACCGGCAGUAGCAAUCUGUUCAGUUUCGGCAAUGCUUCAACCACACCCGCUGGACCUCCACCGUCUGGCUCGACCUUUGGCGCAAGCACUGGCGGUGCUGGGCUCUUUGGGGCCAAGCCUGCUGAAGAUACAACCAAGUCUUCCGCGUUUGGGGGCUUUGGAAAACCUGCUGAAACCUCUGCACCCUCAUCGUCCACUGCAGCACCCGCAGGAGGUCUCUUCGGUAACAAACCAACAUUCGGUUUUGGAGCGCCCUCGAAGCCAGCAGAGUCGACUUCGGCUUCUACGCCCGCAGUAGCUGCCUCAACAUCCGAACAAAAGCCCUUGUUCUCCUUCGCCGGUCCUACAUCAACGUCAGCCUCAACUCCUGCAGCCUCAACUCCUGCGACAUCCCAGCCCUCUACAACAACUGCUCCGUCUCUCUUCGGCAACGCCCCCAAGCCAACCUCUAGCGCACCUAGUCUCUUCUCUAAACCUGCAACAACCACAGAAGCAGCAACCCCUAAUAAACCCACCUUUUCUUUUGGACCGCCGGCAACACAAGCCUCCGCGGCAGAAUCCCAGACAGCCUCCGCCCCUGCUCAGAAGCCCUUGUUUGGUGGUUUCAAUCUCGGUGCGUCAGCCACUUCUUCUGCCUCGACUCCUGCGACAAGUGGAGCUACAGCUCCCACCGCAACCUCUGGUGGUGCUGCUAAGAGCACCUUCUCGUUUGCCCCCAGCACAACCACAUCGGCACCCCAAUCCACUACAACAUCAGCCCCCGCCGCUGGUGGAUUCUCAUUUCCGACCACAUCAACAGCACAGACAUCGCAACCUGCCACGACUACUAGCACUGCUACUGCUCCAGCUGGAACCGCUACUGCGCCAGGUGGUCUCCCAGGAACCGCAGGAGCACAGACAUCUACAACCGGUCCGGCUCCUCCUGCCCAAUCCAGGCUACGCAACAAGACCAUGGAUGAGAUCCUCACGAGAUGGGCGACUGAUAUGUCACGGUAUUCCAAGGAAUUCAAGGAGCAUGCAGAGACGAUCGCACGUUGGGAUCAGCUGAUCGUGGACAACUCUUCAAAGAUUGACAAGCUCUAUGUGAAGACGCGCACCUGUGAGAGGCAGACGAUGAGCGUUGAUAUGCAGCUAACGGCCGUUGAGAACCAACAAGCCGAGUUGGAGAGCUGGCUAACCAAGUAUGAAAAUGAUGUGGAAGAAAUGCUGGCCAAGGAUAGCACCAACCCGAGCGAACUUGGUGGACCUGACCAGGAGAGGGAGAGAACCUACAAGCUCGCGGAGAAACUUGGAGAAAGACUCGAGGAAAUGGAGCAUGAUUUGGAAAGCAUGGUUGAAGAGGUCAAUGCCGCCAAUGCCAACCUGAACAAGAGUGGCAAAGCUGAUGAGCCGAUCACCCAGAUCGUCAAGAUUCUGAACUCCCAUCUUGUCCAGCUUCAGGCGAUCGAUCAGGGCACCGUUUCUCUCCAAGAGCGAGUGGCAGCUGCACAGAAGUCUGCGAGCAGUUUAGGCUACCUGACCAACAAUGCCGAUGGGAAUGGCAGUGCAGCAACUCAGGACUUCUAUCGAAGCUACAUGGGAAGAAGAUAA